UGUCUGCGCCCAUGGCGGUCUUUAGGCAGUUGCAUACUCCUUUGAAAAAUUUAAGAUUUGUCCCAUUUAUUCAAAUCAUUGAAACAAAAAGACACUAUUGUCAUAAUGAAAAAGCACAGGCUCUCAUUUAUGGGGACUAUGGAGAUCCUGUAAAAGUUUUAAAAUUGACAGAGAUAGAGCUACCACCUCUUGAUUCUACUUCUGUGAAGAUUAAGAUGCUUGCUUCUCCCAUCAAUCCAGCUGAUAUCAACACAAUUCAAGGCGUUUAUCCAAUCAAACCUGACCUUCCGUGUGUUGGAGGAUUUGAGGGUGUGGGAGAGGUCACUGAGGUUGGAGGUCAUGUCACGGAGGUCAAACCUGGAGACAGAAUCAUUCCAGCAAUGAGCACAUUAGGGACAUGGCGAAGUCAUCUUGUCUGUCCUGUCAAUCACGUGAUGUCAGUGCCUCGAGACACACCCACUUUGAUUGCUGCCACUUUUAAAGUCAACACCUGCACGGCGUAUCGCAUGCUGUCUGACUUCGUAGAAUUACAACCAGGUAAUUGUAUAAUUCAAAAUGCAGCAAACAGCGGGGCUGGUCAAGCAGUCAUUCAGAUCGCUGCAGCACGAGGGUUGAAGACAAUAAACAUAGUAAGAGACAGGCCAAACCUAGAGGAAUUAAAAUCAUUUUUACAAGAUCUGGGAGCAACAACUGUGGUCACAGAAGAAUCCCUACGUGGACCAGAUUCACAUAUUCUCAAAGAAAUGCCCAAGCCAAAGCUUGCCUUGAAUGCUGUUGGUGGGAAAAGUGCAAUCAUUGCACUGGUCAAAGCUCUGGAUAACCAUGGGACAGUUGUCACUUACGGAGGGAUGUCCAAGCAGCCAGUCAUUGUCCCCACUGGCUCAUUAAUAUUCAACGACCUUAAAUUUGUCGGCUAUUGGAUGUCCAGGUGGCAUGAGAGGACAGCAAAGAGUGAAGAAACCAAGAGAAUGAUCACACAAAUCUGUCAGUGGGGCAUUGCUGGCCAACUCAAGGCACCACGACAUAGACUGGUUCCCCUGUCUGAGUAUGCUUCAGCCGUCGAUGCAGCUCAACAGCCGUAUGUCUCACAGAAGCAAAUCUUUACCUUUGAGACCUGAGACGCGUCAAAGGUAAAAACUGAAAUAUUAGAACAAUUGUUAGAGUACCCACAAAAAGGAGCGUGCUCACCAGUAGACUUGAUAAACUGCUGGUUGCAUUUCUCGUUAACUACAUGUAUAUCUUGUGCAUUGUAACUUUGGGAGUCAAGGGAUGGAAUGUCCGACCCUUGUAUAUUACCGGAGUGAGUCAGCUCAUUUUGGUUAGUUUGGUACAAUAGCAGUAGCGGAUCAAGCAGUGAUUAACCAAUGGUUGUAGUCCGGAAUUAACUUUGCUUUACGUAGAUCCAAGGCAGUUGUAAGAACUGGCAGUUUUCAUUCUUUGUCAGCUAAAUUGGAAUGGACUUUGAGAAACUGAGACUUGGGCUCUAGUUUGAAACCAAGUAAUACCAAGAAACACUCAACUUUAGUCAAAAUUCAAUACCAACAUGUUUUUAUUCUUGGUGACUUUACAAUAAUAAAUACAUGUUGAAUUAUGAAGUGAAAUAUUCUCUCAAAGAAAUGUGCAUAUUAAAUAAAUAACGUGAACAACUUCUACACAUAACUGAUAAAUAGAGAUCCUUAUUAACUCAUAUUCACAUAGAUUGGUUUGUCCAAGAAAAACAAAACAAAAUCACUCCUAUUUCUGUCUUCUUUAAUACUACAACUUUUUUGUAAAGAUCUUUCAUAAAAUUAAUGCUCAAAUCUUGUAGUAAUUUUCUUUUUAAAAUUUUGUACAAAACCCCCACAAAAGUCAUAGCAAAAAUGUCAAAAAAGUGGAAACGGUAAAUGUUUGCGAACAUGCAAGGCUAACUCGUUAUCAUUGUUUAAAAACUUUCAGAAGAGUCGAACUAAAAUUUCAGAACUUUGAGUUGACAAAUAAAUGAAAACAAAAUCGUCAAACUGACCAAAAUAUGAAGUCUGCACUUUGGAAAAUGACAAAACUUUUUUCAACAUGAAAAAUCCCUUUAAAUAUAACAGCAGUGAAAUAAAUUUACAGUUUACAAUACUUACUCACACAGUUCUGUAAUAUCAAAAAUCUACAGUUUUUCAUUCAUAAGUCGAAAAAAGUCAUUUCUUUUCUUUGGGCAUGGGACUAACUGUAACCUUAAAUAGUCACAAAGACAAACGUCAUUUUGUCUUGUCUCUUUUCAACAACUUACACUUUAAGUUCUUAAUGAUUAAAUUGUUACAGAAUGUGGAACUUUUUCUAACAUUUUCACAAGUGUAUUGGCAAAAAUGAUCCAUCAAAGAUGAAUCUUACAUAAUGCAAUGCAAAGUUGUGAAUUUUAUGGUAACCAUUUACUACCAGUUAGUGUUAUCGUCAUUCAUGUUGAGCAACGGAAAUUGUCAUGAGUAGUUUCAAAUUUACUGCCCACUAAAUUGAGGGACUCCUGUAGACUUAUCGCCGCUGCAAAUUUUAUUAUUUUUUGCUUUUUUUUUCUCUUGGUUCUUAAAGGCAUGCGGGGCCAUUCCUUAUGUGACUGCGGAGAAAAACAGGCUCAAAAGUGACAAAUGUGAAUGAAAAAUGACCAGGUCACUGUUACAUUUUCACUGAGUCCUUUUUGGGCAAGACUGGAUCUGUUUGACCACAAAUUGAUGACUUUCAUGUGCCUUCCAUUUGUUCCGAGCAUGCACAAUAAAUACUGUUGUUGCCAGGCAACAAUGUUGCCUGGACGACAUAAUAAAUGCAAGAUGGCUACUGUGUAGAUGGAGGGGAUUUUAUUCAUCAAAUUCACAAUGUAACAAAAGUAAAAAGCAAG